CAGAAAGACUGAAAGUGGAUACGACUCGUUCUCUGACGUGCUGUAUGUUGACAAUACAGUGUAUACAGGCUAUGUUAUGUAAACACACAACCUCUCGUAAUGUACUCUUUUUACCUGCAUGCUUCAUGUGAAUUUAACUUCCUGGUUGGUAUAAACAUGGCGUGCUGUGCACACUGGGUGAGAGAGACGUCGAUCGUGUUGUUUGUAGUUUGUUCUCUGCAGUCCGGAUACACCAAAACUCGGAUACAAAUUAUCAAUGAACUAGACAACUGGUGGGAGGCUGAAAGACGAUGUAAAGACAACGGAAACAAGUUGUACACACCAGGCACAGAUGACAUCCCAGAAGAGCUCGUGGAGAAUCUACAGCCGGCAACAUUCUACUGGAUAGGUGCCAUGAGCUACAGGGCCUGGCUAUGGACAGCAGAUUUCAGCCCCUGUUCACUGCCUAUGCUGGUUUACUUCCCCUGGGGAGUGUGGCAAUAGAAUCAAAGGCAACAUAUCUUGAUAACUCGGUAUGGAAGUGCAAUCUUCACUGCAGUCCAGCAUAUUCAGUAGGCAUGAAGGGAACCACGUGCUAUUGUUUGAAAGAAGGAUAUAACACUACGAAGUCGAUGCUAUCCGAGAACACGUGUCCCGGAAACUUGGAGGAAAGGUGUGGCAACAUCCAGGGGAUGUCAGUAUACAAGCUAGGAGGCUUCAUUGGACUAGGUGUAGGAUGUUUGCUGCUUGUUCUGACAGUCCUCAUUGUGGUGUGUCUCUUGAGAAGGCACAAGAAACUGUGUUUUGAAAAAAGAGAUGUGAAUCAGCCAUUACACUUCACUUCAGCCGCCGAAAACAUCACCUAUGGUUUAGCCUCUCACGCACACACAGAGAGUGAAGCCGAUGCUGUCAUCUCACUUCCUGACACAACAGAUGCAACAUCGGCGUCAUCAACGGUUCCAACGGCGAUAGUCCGACCCAGUGUCCACAGUGACAACAUCAACAUCAACAAUGCUCAGGUUAAUGAUGAGAAUGAGUACAACUUGCUGUCAACAUCCAACAACUCCAAGGUGCCAAUGACACAUGGGAAUCCUUACAAUCAUCUAUCAGGAUUUGACGGAGAUAACAAAUACAAGGGAGACUACGACACGGCAAACUUUGUUCCACAGACAGAAGAAGUGACCACAGGGCUGAAGAACACAGUCACACACCCACGACUGCCGGACGUAUCGAGUGGUCAGGAGGAGGAGCAGUACAAUGUGCUCGGUCAGCACGACUCUCCCAGAAAAGUUGAUGCUGCCGCUGGGGUGUAUGACCACGUUGCUACGGACGAGGGAGACUAUGACACUGUAGGGUGGGGAAAGAAUGUCAGCGAGGUGGAUGAUUCUUACAGUCAUAUAUAGAGGACAACUAAACCAUGUAAAGAAGAUACGUAUGAUGUCGCAAGUCAAGGGCAGCCGGAACGAUGUGCAGACGACACCUACAACCAUGACGUUGUGAUUGAAGACGGUAGAGGAGACACAACCGACUACUACAACACAAGGCGCGUUCUUCGCGACAAUGGGAAUCUAGAAGGACAUGUGGAAGGUAAUGAUGAGUCUGACAGAAAGGAUCAGGAGAACGUCUACAGUCUUGCCAAGGACAUUUCUGAUGCAUGAAUGUAUUCAGAGGGCGUAUACAUAUUGUUGCAUAAUGCAUACUUUUCACUAAGAAUCAGUUCAGCCUAAUCGACUGGUGUCGUCUCAUCUCUGCCCGUACAACCUGUUAUGUGUAAAUUAUGUUCCUGUUUCUUUCUGAUGUUCUUGUUCCUGGUUCUGCAUCAUGUUAUGUUAUGGUAUGUUGUUCAUACCUCAUGGUUUGGUCAUGAGAUUUGAGAAUUAAUGGAUGAUUUAAUAUGGAUAUGCAUCACAUCAAUUUUCUUCUUUACUUUUAUAUUAUGUUUCAUUACAUUCAAUAUAUUUUAUAUUUGCGCAUAAAUACACGUAUGCUUGAUUUCAGUUUAUUACGAUGACAACAUUCAAGGUACACCAUUUGUAAUUGUAUACAUUUGAUUGAAUAUAUUUUCUUCCUAACACUUGCACGGCAAGAUUUCCUUCUACGUUUCAUUAUAUUCACUAUAUUACAUUUUCCAAGUGUACAUAUAUAAGUCUUUAUAAAAGGUAAUAAUGUUA